ACCCCCUAGGCCUACCAAUAGUCAAGGAUGUUGUCCAAGCAAAUAUGUCAGCGGUCCAUUCCCUUGUUCACCAAGGCUGAACUUUGUAGACCACCUAUUUAUUCAUUUCCUUUUCCCCAAUUGAAAAUAUCAGUAGCAGACUCUCCGCAAAAUUCCCAAAACACCAAAAACUUGCAUUUCUCAAUUUCGUUUUUCGAUCCGUUCACCCUCUUUUUACCGAAUCAGCAAUCUGUCGUUGGAUUUGGAUAGGUUUAUAGGAAAUUCAAGUCAGAAUAUGAGCUUUCCUGCACAAAACAAUAGAAGGAAUAACAACAACAACAGUAAUCAUCGUCCUGGUAGAAAUAACAAUAAUAAUAAUAAUAGUAAUCCUGUUCAAGGUGGUGGUGCUCGUCGUGAGUGGGUAGCUAGAGGAUCUAAUGUCACCAAUGCUGUUUCAUUUUCACCUGCCCCUAUUGCCGCGGUAGUGAUUCCGGGGUUUGGUGUGGAUGUUUCAACUUCAGGGGGAAAUGGAAGGGAAAAUGAGAAUGUGGCAGUUGGACAAGUUAAUCGAAAUAGGAAUCAGGGUUAUGUGGAACCGAAAUUUAAUAGGGGGGUGUAUGGGAAUCAGAGGAGGGAGAGGGGAAGGGGAAGGGGAAGAGAGGGUUAUAAUAAUUAUCAGGAGAAUAGGGUGGAAAGGGCGGUUAGGGGGAGGGUUAAUGAAGAAAGGGUGAAGGAUCCUAAUUUGCCUCAACUCGUGCAAGAAAUUGAGGAGAAGUUGUUGAAGGGGAAUGUUGAGUGUAUGAUAUGUUAUGAUAUGGUGAGGAGGUCUGCGGCUAUGUGGUCGUGUUCGAGCUGUUACUCGAUUUUUCAUCUUAGUUGUAUCAAGAAAUGGGCAAGAGCUCCUACUUCUGUUGAUACCUCUGCGGAUAAGAAUCAAGGGUUUAAUUGGCGUUGCCCGGGAUGUCAAUCAGUUCAGCUUACUUCAUCCAGGGACAUCAGGUAUGUUUGCUUUUGUGGGAAGAGGCAAGAACCUCCUUCAGAUUUGUACUUGACUCCACAUUCAUGUGGUGAGCCUUGUGGCAAGAAGCUUGAGAAGGAGCUUCCAGGGGAUGGUCUGAGUGAAGAGGAUCUUUGCCCUCAUGUUUGCGUCUUACAAUGCCAUCCUGGUCCUUGUCCACCUUGCAAGGCGUUUGCUCCAGCUAGAAGUUGUCCCUGCGGUAAGGAAGUUAUUACCACUCGCUGCUCUGAUAGGAAGUCCGUUCUUACCUGCGGACAGCAGUGUGGUAAGUUUCUUGACUGUGGGCGUCAUCGGUGUGAAAAGACUUGCCAUGUUGGUCCUUGUGGCCAUUGUCAAAUUGUUGUGAAUGCCUGUUGCUUUUGUAAGAAGAAAACAGAGGCUGUUCUUUGUGGAGACAUGGGUGUCAAGGGAGAUAUCAAGAUGGAGAAUGGCGUCUUUUCGUGCAAUUCAGCUUGUGAAAAUAAACUUAAUUGCGGAAACCACAUCUGUCGUGAGCUCUGCCAUCCAGGGCCAUGUGGGGACUGUGCCUUGUUGCCAAGCAAGAUCAAGACGUGCUGUUGCGGUAAAACUAGAUUGGAAGAAGAAAGGCACAGUUGUUUAUAUCCAAUUCCAACCUGUUCCAAGGUCUGUGGUAAAAGCCUUCGGUGUGGGGUACAUCUCUGUGAAGCUGUGUGUCAUUCUGGGGACUGUGCACCAUGUCUUGUUCCUGUGACUCAACGUUGCCGCUGUGGUUCAACUUCCCGAACAGUGGAGUGCUACAAAACACAGUCAGAAGAUGAGAAGUUCACUUGUGAUAGACCUUGUGGGCAGAAGAAGAAUUGUGGAAGACAUCGUUGUAGUGAGCGAUGUUGCCCUCUUUCUAAUCCAAAAAAUUCCAUCACUGAUGGCUGGAAUCCUCACUUUUGUUCAAUGCCGUGUGAGAAGAAGCUUAGAUGCGGGCAACAUUCUUGCGAAUCACUUUGUCACAGUGGUCACUGCCCUCCCUGCCUGGAGACAAUUUUCACCGAUUUGACUUGUGCUUGUGGGAGAACAUCAAUCCCUCCUCCGCUACCUUGUGGCACACCUCUUCCUUCUUGUCAGUUGCCAUGUUCGGUUUCUCAGCCUUGUGGCCACCCACCUACUCACAGCUGCCAUUUUGGAGACUGCUUGCCAUGUGCUGUUCCUGUAGCAAAGGAAUGCGUUGGUGGACAUGUAAUUUUGAGAAAUAUACCUUGCGGAUCAAAGGACAUCAGAUGCAACAAGAUUUGUGGGAAGACCAGGCAGUGUGGCUUGCAUGCGUGUGCUAGAACUUGCCAUCCUUCGCCAUGUGAUGCUACUGCCGGACCCAGCAACGGCUCCAGAGCCUCUUGUGGGCAGACGUGUGGUGCUCCUAGAAGAGAUUGCAGGCACACAUGUAGUGCUCUUUGUCACCCCUUUUCGCCAUGUCCGGAUGUUAGAUGUGAGUUUCCAGUUACUAUUACUUGUUCUUGUGGCCGGAUCACAGCAAAUGUUCCUUGUGAUGCUGGAGGUCAGGUGGUUGAUCAUGUUUUUGAAGCUUCUAUAAUCCAAAAGUUGCCUUCACCUCUUCAACCUAUUGAAACAAAUGGGAAGAAGGUUCCUCUUGGUCAGAGGAAGCUCAUUUGUGACGAUGAGUGUGCAAAGAUGGAGAAGAAAAAGGUUCUUUCUGAUGCUUUUGGUAUAACUCCCCCAAAUUUGGAGGCCCUCCAUUUUGGUGAGAAUGCUGCUGUCUGUGAAGUGCUGGGGGAUCUUCUUAGGCGUGACGCCAAGUGGGUUUUGUCUAUAGAGGAGAGGUGCAAAUUUUUGGUUCUAGGCAGGAGCAGAGGAGGAGUUAACGCACUCAAAGUUCAUGUUUUUUGCCCAAUGUCGAAGGAAAAGCGGGAUGCAGUUAGACUGAUAGCUGCAAGGUGGAAGCUUUCAGUAAAUGCAGCUGGUUGGGAACCCAAGAGAUUCAUCGUUAUUCACGUUACACCCAAGUCUAAAGCUCCAACUCGUAUACUUGGUGCCAAAGGUUGUACUGUCAAUAACAUUGCUCAGCCUGCUGUUUUUGAUACGCCGGUGGAUAUGGAUCCAAGGCUUGUUGUGGCUUUGUUUGACUUGCCAAGAGAUGCAGACAUUAGUGCGUUAGUUCUCAGGUUUGGUGGUGAAUGCGAGCUUGUCUGGUUGAAUGACAAGAAUGCCUUGGCUGUGUUCAGUGAUCCUGCCCGAGCAGCAACAGCUAUGAGAAGAUUAGACCAGGGGUCAGCUUAUUGUGGUGCUGCUGUGGUUCCUCAGAGUGGUGUUGCAUCAGCAGGGGCAGCCGCUACUAAUGUUUGGGGAGUUGCUGGAGCAGUCAAGGACGGGGGAGGAGUUGCAGCUCUCAAGGGUAAUCCAUGGAAGAAGGCUGUAGUCCAGGAGCCUCAUUUGAGGGAGAGUCCAUGGGAUGCUGAAGAAUGGUCCAAGAAUCCAAAUGAUUUAGCAGUAGCCCCGUCCGCCUGGAGGGUGAAUGAAGCUCCAUCUACUGCCUCGUCUAAUAGGUGGAGUAUCUUAGAGCCUGAAAUCACUUCCAGUUUGCCCAGGGCGUCUAUUACGAUGAAGGAACCUAUUUCUCUGCCAGAAGGGAGUGGUUCAGUUCCGUCUCCCAAAUCUCAACAUGUAGGGGUCGGUGAUAUGGCAGAUGUAGUGGACGAUUGGGACAAGGCUUACGAUUGAGAGUGUGGAAAUGCAGAUAUUUUUGCUGUCCAAUAUUUCUUCUAUUUUUCUUUUAAGUGCUCAGACAGGAGUUGAUUUAUAUAGGAUCUCCUGUUUCCUUUAUAGUUCAAAAAUACAACUCGGGAAAAUGUUAGUAGUUGCAUGGUUCAGAAUGGGCAAAUGUUAUAGGCUCAUGUUGGUGUAAUGUACCAUUCAGUUAGUGUUUUAAGAUGCUGCUUGAUACAAUUAGUAAAACCCAGACUUAUAAAUCUUCCCUUUAUGUGA